ACCUGGUCUCGUCCAUCAACGACGGGUUGCGCACCGAGAUGCGGCUCGACGAACGGUGAUAUCAACCUUCGUGAGACAUCGGGGUCAACGGCGGCGUGUUUCGGUCCACCACGGGCUUGCAGGAGGAGUUCGGUGCUUCGCGGUGCUUCGACACUCCCCUGGCCGAGAGUGUCGCCGUGGGUAGCGCGCUGGGCAUGGCGAUCGCGGGACUGCGUCCGGUGGUGGAGAUCCAGUCCAUUUCAGCGCUUUCAUCUGACGCGUUGCAAGCCAGAAUCGUCACCACGUGUCACGAAUACGACACGGACGCAAGGCGCCUUCACGGCGCCCCUGGUGAUCCGCAUGCCCUACGGUGGCGGCGUCCGCGCGCUGGAGCACCACAGCGAAAGCAUGGAGGCGAUCCUCGCGCACGUCCCGGGCAUCAAGGUGGUGAUCCCGUCCACGCCGCACGACGCCAAGGGGUUGCUGAUCGCCGCGAUCCGCGACCCCGAUCCGGUGAUCUUCAUGGAGCCCAAGCGCGUCUAUCAGGCGCCCCGACAGGAGAUCCCGGAAGGUGACUUCGUCAUCCCGCUGGGCACGGCCAAGUUGGUGCUUCCCGGCAGCGAUCUGACCAUCGUUUCCUACGGCGCACAGAUGAAGGAGGCGAUCGCCGCGGCGCGCCAGCUCCGGGACGAGGCGUCGGCGGAGGUGAUCGAUCUGCGCACGAUUUACCCGCCCGAUCUGGCGUCGGUGAUCGAGUCGGUUCGCAAGACCGGGCGCCUGCUGGUGGUGCACGAGGGGCCGCGGUCGUUCGGGGUCGGAGCGGAGCUGACGGCCGCCGUCGCGGAGCAGGCGUUCCUGCACCUGGAGGCACCGCCCGCGCGCUUGACGGGCAGCGACAUCGUCGUUCCGAUGCCGCGGCAUGAGCGUCACUAUCUGAUCAGCGUCGCCGACAUCAUGAGCGCGGCGCGGCGGCUGCUGAGCUAUUGA